AGGUGUACCGAAGAAGCUCAUUUUGAGAAAAAGUAGUUGUGCGCCUCUAAGACAGAUCUGGUGAUAAUUCCCUUCUGGAAUUGCCCUAGUUGGCUUCCAAGCACUUAGGUGUGAGCACUUCUCUAUCUAUAGGACUGAAUGCAUCUAUUUUUGUAACUGAGGCUGGAGCGUGUGUGCUCAUUCAGUAACUAGCCAUGUCAGGGAACUAGACUCCUUAGAGCUCUGUAGCCCCAUCUCGAACUACUUAGAGCCCUUCUCUGGCGAGAUGCUCUUCCUGACCGCCCACUUGCAUGGCACCCAGGCUGUGUGUCUUUUGAAACUGCAUUGCAGAGCAGAUGUAGGGGAUGCUAAUAAAUGCAGCAUGCUGGACCCCGAGCAAGGUAAGGGCCUGCCUGCCUUUUCCCCCUGCCUGUUGGAAAUACAUUGCUAGGAAAUCAUUCGCAGCGCGUUUAUAACGGGACCAGCUGAGUUAGAUGGGAACAUUUGAAUUGGAUACUCCACCCUUCCUAAAAGUGAAGAGGCAGGAAUGGAAGUGCUGUGGGGCUCAAAAGGGAGGUGAGGCAGUAAACCAGAUCUUUCCCAUUUUUUUUUUCCUAGCCUAGUCCUCUGUUUCUGUGAUCUGCCUUUUGAACUGUUUUUGUGGCUGAUCAGUUCCACCUAAUAUGUCUCUUGAUUUCUGCUAUUGUAAUACUCAGGCGACAUGCUGUUCUCUUCAUUUUUAUAAGCUUUAGAUGCUUCUGCCUGUCAUAUUCUGGCGGUUUAUCUUCAGCGUCUGGAUUUGCUUUCAGACUUGAAUGUCUAUCAAGCUGCCGUUGCUUUGAAUGUGAGAUCAAAAGAAGAUGAAUUCCAGUAAAAAAUUUCCUUCCAUGAAGAAAAGAUUGGGGCCUAUGUAAACAUCCCACUGACAGUUCCCAAUGAGUUAUUUUAGCCAAGUAUUAGCACCUGGAUGACAGACAGUCCAGCAUUCCAUGCUAAAUAACAAAUCAGUUGCUUCCGUGGCAGAACAUUGCCACCACAGCAAUACAUUUUCAGAAGGAAUCCUUUUCUUCCUCCUCCUCCCCUUCCCCCCUUUUUCUUUUCUUAUUGAAUAUGGCUGUUCAGCUGCUCAUCUUAUUUUUCAAGCUGACUUGUUCUGCCUUUAGCGGUUUACUUUUCUUUACAGUAUCUGUCAAGUUACUCGGGUGACGGAAGACAGGACUUUGAUAAUUAGUUUGGGGCGGGUUAAAGAGUGUUCGAGUAGACAAGCUAGGCAUCUGGAGAUAAACAGGUAGUUUGGUUGAUUGCGGAGAAGGAAAAUGUAAGAGGAAAGGCAGCAGAAGCAAGAUCAAGGGCAUAUCCCAGGCAUGCGGGACGAUAUGUUCUUUAAAAAUACGUGUGACAAAUUCCUCUAAAGUCUGCAGAAUCUGAAUUUUCUUCCUUUCUUUCUUCCCUAUUUUUUUUUUAAAAGCAUCCUGCCUAUGUAAAUGUCACCACAAAAAUAUCUCGAGAGCAGGUUUCCCGAAAACCCUGCCUGUGUGUAUUCGUCUGCGAGAGUGAGCUGUUUGGCUAGGGCUUGGUCUGGCCGGGGCACACGUUUCUGAUGCCGUGUCGCUGCUUGCAGACCUGGAGUGAUUUAGAUACGUGUAGCAUUAAUAGAUUUCUUUAAGCGCUAAAUGCAACUUUGAAAAUUACCUGCAAGCUCCAACUGAUCUUUCAACUUUGAAAGUGAAGAAUUACUUGAGGAAUUCUUGUGGUUUCUUUGUCAUUUAGUGAGAGCCCAGCCAGCUACUGUGGAGGCAAAGCGUCCCUGAGGUUGCCUACAAAGGGCAAUGUUCCAGUGUGCUUUCUCCUCAAGUGUGCUUCAGCCGCACAGCACUUCCUGUUUAUUCAAACAUCUUUUUUACCACUCGGCAACCCCCGCUUCACAGAAACAGCCAGAACCCAUCUACAGCAAGAAGACGGAAAUCCAAAGGCAGACAGUGCGAGCUCACUCCGUCAAACUCUUCAUUUUCUCUGCACUUCAAGUGGCAAGACAGCUUCUCCUUCAGCAGCAACAGCAGCAGCAAGUUAGUGGAUUAAAAUCUCCCAAGAGGAAUGACAAACAACCAGCCCUUCAGGUUCCCGUGUCAGUGGCUAUGAUGACACCUCAAGUUAUCACUCCCCAGCAAAUGCAGCAGAUCCUGCAGCAACAGGUGCUGAGCCCUCAGCAGCUCCAGGUCCUCCUCCAGCAGCAGCAGGCCCUCAUGCUCCAACAGCAGCAGCUUCAAGAGUUUUAUAAAAAACAACAGGAACAGUUGCAGCUUCAACUUUUACAACAACAACAUGCUGGAAAACAGCCUAAAGAGCAGCAGCAGGUGGCUACCCAGCAGUUGGCUUUUCAGCAGCAGCUUCUACAGAUGCAGCAGUUACAGCAGCAGCACCUCCUGUCUCUGCAGCGCCAAGGCCUUCUCACAAUUCAGCCCGGGCAGCCCGCCCUUCCCCUGCAGCCCCUCGCGCAAGGCAUGAUUCCAACUGAACUGCAACAGCUCUGGAAAGAAGUGACAAGUGCUCAUAGUGCAGAAGAAACCGCAGGCAGCAAUCACAGCAGUUUGGAUCUGACCACGACAUGUGUCUCCUCCUCUGCACCUUCCAAGACCUCCUUAAUAAUGAACCCACAUGCCUCUACCAACGGACAGCUCUCAGUCCACACCCCCAAAAGGGAAAGUUUGUCCCACGAGGAGCACCCCCAUAGCCAUCCUCUCUACGGACAUGGUGUAUGCAAGUGGCCAGGCUGUGAAGCAGUGUGCGAAGAUUUCCAAUCAUUUCUGAAACAUCUCAACAGUGAGCAUGCGCUGGACGAUAGAAGUACAGCUCAAUGUAGAGUACAAAUGCAGGUUGUACAGCAAUUAGAGCUACAGCUUGCAAAAGACAAAGAGCGCCUGCAAGCCAUGAUGACCCAUCUGCACGUGAAGUCAACAGAACCCAAAGCCGCCCCUCAGCCCCUGAAUCUGGUAUCAAGCGUCACACUCUCCAAGUCUGCAUCAGAGGCUUCUCCACAGAGCUUACCUCAUACUCCAACGACCCCAACCGCCCCCAUCACUCCUGUCACCCAAGGCCCCUCCGUCAUCACCACCACCAGCAUGCAUACGGUGGGACCCAUCCGCAGGCGGUACUCAGACAAAUACAACGUGCCCAUUUCUUCAGAUAUCGCGCAGAACCAAGAGUUUUAUAAGAACGCAGAAGUUAGACCACCAUUUACAUACGCAUCUUUAAUUAGGCAGGCCAUUCUCGAAUCUCCAGAAAAGCAGCUAACACUAAAUGAAAUCUAUAACUGGUUCACACGAAUGUUUGCUUAUUUUCGACGCAAUGCUGCCACGUGGAAGGGUGCCAUUCGCACCAACCUCUCACUGCAUAAGUGCUUUAUCAGAGUAGAGGAUGAGUUUGGGUCCUUUUGGACAGUUGAUGAUGAAGAGUUUAAACGUGGCCGCCAUAUUCAACGAGGCCGUCCUCGCAAAUACUGCCCCGAUGAAAACUUUGACGAGCUUGUCGCACAUAACCCUUCCCUUAUUAAAAACAUGCAAAGCAGCCACGCCUACUGCACACCUCUCAAUGCAGCUUUACAGGCUUCGAUGGCUGAGAAUAGUAUACCUCUAUACACUACCGCUUCCAUGGGAAAUCCCACUCUGGGCAACUUAGCCAGCGCCAUACGGGAAGAGCUGAACGGGGCAAUGGAGCAUACCAACAGCAACGAGAGUGACAGCAGUCCGGGCAGAUCCCCUAUGCAAGCUGUGCAUCCUGUGCACGUCAAAGAAGAGCCCCUCGAUCCAGAGGAAGCUGAAGGGCCUCUAUCCUUAGUGACAACAGCCAACCACAGUCCAGAUUUUGACCACGACCGAGAUUACGAAGACGAACCCGUAAAUGAGGACAUGGAGUGAGCGUCUCUGGGCAGGCCAACCCCAAGAACGAAGAUUGGGGGGGAAAAACACGUCAAAAGUCAGCAGUGAAAUUGUUCUCCAUUUGUUGUACAGUCUGGAGGAUUUUCACUCCAUUCGGACAACUCUGAAACGUGUUAACUCUGAGUGCCAUCAAGAAUCCCAUUUGGGAGUAUUUUUGAUUUUUCUACUUUUUGUUGAAAAAAGGAAUUUGUACUCUGUGCAUUGGAUGGACUUGUUUGGUACUUGGGAUUUUCCUCUCCUAACAGUCAACAUCAGUGUUGUAAAUUUGCUAAACUGAUUCACUUUUAGCAGCAGACUUUGAACUGCCGUCCUGCCGACGUGGGACACCGAGGACACCCAACUGAGCAUGUGCGUCUAAGCUGCAGACCAAGCCUCUGCCCAGAAUUUAAGGAUUCCAAUGGACGACCUAUUUGCACAGUACUGCAUGUUGAUUAUCACUGCCUUUACUCCUUUUUUUUUUUUUUUCGUUUUUGUUUUGCUUCCAGUUGGGAUGGGGAAGGCCUUUGUGUGUGUAUUGGGGGGAGGGGGUUAAAAAAGUAAUUAUCCCAAACUUUUUAAUGUAUUGCUUUUUUUUUUUUUUUUUUUUUUUUUUUUUUUUUUUUUGCUUCAACUAUACCAUUUUAAGUUCUGACCUCAGGCCUCCAUUUGGGCCCACGGCCUCCUGGAGGCUUAAAGUUUUCUGUACCUUGUGAUGAAUGUUAAUAGGUGUUUUUAUUAUACAAAGCUGAAUGUCAUUUCUCGUUUGUAGUUUUCUGUCACUCAUUCCAUUUUCCUUCAGACAUCACCACGUUUUCUCUAAAGUCAGAAAACAUUCCGUUUUGGUCUUUUUCAAAAAAGGUCCCAAAUGCUGCACUCUCUACACAUGAAGGUCCUCUCACACAGACCUGAAGUCCUGCCAGAAAGAGAAUGAAUGACAGAAAAAAAAAAAAAGAGAGAGAGAGACACCCUAGGAACAAUGCAGAUUCAUUCCACGAAGCAGUAUUGGAGGUGGGAAGGGGGUGGUUUCAGUUUCCUUUUUGUUUUGUUUUUUGCAGCUACCAUCAUUGUCAGUAAAUGCCACAGCAUUCUGCGAGCACAAGGACACAUAGGCAGCACUACCCCCCCCCCCCCCCCCCCCCAGAUUCUCCUGCUAGACGGACAGUGUGGCUGUGGAAGGCUCUCCCGCGGGUAACCAAGUUGCCAUGGGCCACAAGCUCUCUGAUGUUAAAACCAGCCUGGGUUGCUUUGUUUGCAAAAUGGCCAAAAAGCUGGCUUCCCUGAGCAACUCUGCUGAAAAGUGGUUGGCGGCGCUGAAUUUAAACAUCAGUCCAGACCUGCUUGGUGGCAUUAAUCUGUUUGAAUGCAAAUUAGAUUUCAGAUUGAAUUUGUGAUGGAAGUUAAUGAGGACCGAGUUCAGCAAAUGCUAAAGUGUUAAUUUCAAACGUGCAAAUUCGGUACUGCAGUUGAGUUUGUUAUGCAAUAUUAUCCCACCAAGCCAGUAUCCAAAACUAACAGUAGAAGACAUCGAGGAGACGGGGGUGCAUGGCGCCCCUGAGCAUUUGGAGAAAGAAACGUGGCAUAUGCCGAACGUGACGGCCAUCGGUCAGUACAACCUCAGUCCUUAGGAACCCCUCAAUGCUUCCACUCUGCACCCACUUUCCUGUCACUCAUUUAUUUAUCUAGGACCGUAGCUUUUGUUUUAGUUUGAGAGCCUUUUGGAGCUUAAUUUAUAUUCUUUGUACCUUUUUUUCUAAAAUUACCAAAGAUAUUACACAAAGGUAAAUUAUGUUCUCUGUUUUAUGCUUUAUCUGAUGAAGCCAAAUAUCCUCUUAUUGUUGAUCAAAGGAGGCGAAAGAAUUUUAGAGGCAAUUGAUGAGUUAUAGGCUAUUGCUAACCUGAGAAAGAGAACUGCUCCUUCUUCAUAGAAUAAAUUUAGAAGACCAAGUAGGUAAUGGAACCAAAGUUGUUAUUUUUGUUAUUUUUUUUUUUUUCUUGUUCUGUACCUCGACAGAGACCAAAAUUCCUAAAGAGAGAUUAUGGGGCUGCUGAAGGUGAAAAUGGGGCACAGUGUUACAGGAGCGAAAGAAGGAAGGGAGUCCCAUCUCAAAAACCUGAAUGGAUGCCACUGAAAAUUAGGGGUAACCAGUAAAGGAGACAGUUAAGAAAAAAUGUAAAGAAAACAAAAGCUUCGACAUUGGAAUUAAAUCACAGGCACAUUUCUAGAAUACAUUUUUGUUUUUCUUUUUACAGAAAGGUAUGCCACUUUGGUUUUAAGGACCGUGCUAGGAUCACUGCAUGAAUUAUGCUUUGUCUUGGCAUAUAUCUUCCGGUUUUUUGUUGGGUUUUUUUUUUUUUUUUAAUGUUUUCCUUUUUCCUUCCUUUUUUUCUAAUUAGGCUUUGGUCAGCAUUUUCCAUUGAAAGAAAAAAAAAAAAAAAGUAACACUCCCGUCCACUCAUGAGCUUGGUACAAAAACUUCUUUGGCCAUUUCUUUUGAAGCUUCACUGUGCUUUCUGUAUAAAGGGCAGUCUGUGGUCACUCGAGACUUUUUUUUUUUUUUUUUUAACUUUUCCAGGCAGCUUCAUGAUGUGCAGGCAGUAGCCAGACAGGGUCAUGGGAAGGGGGCCCUGUGCUUCUAAACUGAGUGGUUGCUGGUUCGUUUGGUAUUCAAAAGAGGAUAAAAAUCUGGUAGAUUAGUUCAUUCUCAGCAUGUGUAGCUAGACAUGAGUAAAGAUAACAGCAUGAGAAACUGUUAGUACGCAUACCUCAGUUCAAACCUUUAGGGAAUGAUGAAAAUAAAAAAAAAUACAUUUCACUCAGUUGCACUUAGUCGUAUGUCUUGCAUGCUUAGUCUAAAGACUGUAGCAAAAAAAAAAAAAAAAAGAAAAAUUAGAUUUUACGUAUCUUUGCAGGUCUCCCAACCCUGCAGAAGAACCAAUUGAAAAAAAAAUUCUCAGGCUUUACAGCAAGCAAACUUCACUAUGAUUUUUACAAUUCUGAUUCUGUAUCCCUUUGGGGGGGGGUUAUUCCAGUCGCUUCUUUAGGAUGGGGUUUAUUACGUUGUACAUAUAUUCCAAUGUGUCUUGUGUGAAUCUUUGUCUUUUUUGGGGGAGGGCAGAGGGCGGUUCUUUUUUUAGAUAUUGUUCCUAAAAAGGAAUAAAUGCAUACACCUGUUUGUCAAAACACCUUUGCUUUUUGUGCAACUGCUUUAUAUUAACGAUACUAAAAAAAAAAAAUAGCUUUGGGAAAAAACUACUGUAUGUAAUGGAAUUGCAGAAUUUGCUGCACAUGUAUUUUAUUUAGUUAUCCUUGCUUUAAGAAUAUUGGAUGACAUUUCCUGACAUGUGGGAGGGAGAAAUUCCCUAACCUUUUUUUUUUUUCCUUUUAAAUUGUAACAUAGUUGACAGAUUUUUUUUUUUCUGUUCUCAUUGAUCAGAGCAUUUUGUACAGAUUCGUGUGUGUGUGCGCGUGCGCGUGUGUGUUAACCUGUUUUUUGAUACAUUCCUAUCCCUUGUGUUUAUCCCACCACUGCCUUCCUGGCUAUCUUAAACAAGUUCAUACAUUUGAAAAGAGAAAAAAAAAUGCUGUUUAAAAAAAUGUUUUCUCCUGCUGCAGUAAAUAUUUUGCAUGAUGAAAUUCCAGGGUCACACUUUCAAAGUUUAUCAGUGAAGUAGUGAUUAAUAAUGGGGAGUUGUCAAAGCUAUUGAACUUUUUUGUAUAAAAAAAAAAAAAACUUUACAAGGUGCCAAGAUGUAAAGACAAUUUGUUACUUUUCCUUUUCCUUUUUUUUUUUUUUUUCUCCAAAGAAAAGCGUACAUUAGGGAGACAGUCCCUUGUAUCAGGCAAAUGCACUGUCAGGAAUGAGAAUCCAUCCUACUUGUCCCUAGAGUCUGUCCUUGUAAGACAAGUGACGCUGCCCGCGUUAAAACCAGCAGUGAAAUGAAAUAUCAAGGCUUCUGUACACGAAGAGUGACCGCCAACCUUGCCACCCUCGGACAGCGCUAACAUUACAGCCAGCAUUCCGUCAGACCUAGGAAAGAAUACCUUGGAUUCUUAACCCAAAAUCUGAUUGAUGUAAAUCACUAGCUAUUUUAUUGUGGGGGAAAAAAAAAGUUAAAAAAAAUAUCUCCUCUCCUUUCCACAUUCCAGCUGAGCUCCGUUUCCAAGGGUACAAAGAAGAACAUGCUUGUAAGGAUUUUGAAUCUUUUGGGUACCUGUUGGUUAAUGGUAUAUAUACCCUCUUGAUAUUUUGGAUGUUUUUGAAUGUUGGUUUCGCUUUUUUAUCCUGAGAAUGAGACUUAAAAUUCUAAAGGCAUUUUAUGGGGCCGGUGUAGUUCCCACGAUCUCUGCUACCCAGAAGCCUUGAUGAAGAUGGUCUAGUCCGGACUAUGAGCACGGUGCUUCGUGGAUAUGUGCUGCCAGUAACAAGAAUUUUUUUUUUUCUGUUUUGUUUUGUUUUGAUAAGGCAUAAAAGAAACUCAUUCCUUGACAUCAACUGUAAUUCCAUCAUUCCGUGUCUGUGGAUACAGACAAUAAAAAAAAAAAAAAUGUUGUGUAGUCAGUACUCAUGACUGACAUUAUAGCAUUCUCAAAUGCAAUAAAAAUGCUGUUUGUUCACACUGGUAGUAAAAAGUCGCCACAGCCUAAGUUUCUUUCCCCUUCUGACCUGCUGAUACUGUAUGUUAGGCAUCUGCCUUAGGUUUAUCACCAGCUGCUUGCAACACAGAAUUAAAAUCAAUCUUAACUAAAAGCUUUCAUCAUCACAGAGGGCUGAAGCUCUCAUCCUCAGGGUUUCAAAGUCCCGAGUUUCCACUUAGAGAACUGGAAAAAAAACAAAAGCGAUAGAAGCUACCUUUUCUCCCGAGGAAGUGCACCCUUAUUUUUCUUCAUCAAAUUUUAUCCAGAAAAAAAAAACCCACAAAAUGUUUAAUAACUAGCAUUAAGAGCAAACUAAAAUUUCACAGGAAAGCAAUUUCAUGAAUAAUUCAUUAAAAUUUCACAUCUGCAAGAUUAGUCAUCCAAAUAAAAUGCUAAUGUCAAAAACAUGCACCGUCUAUAAUAUUCUCAUCAAGAAAUCUUUUUGCAUAUAAUGAUAAAUGCUUAGAUUAGAACAAAUGAUUUUAUAAAAAUAUUCUAUCAAAAGUAUGCUAGAUAACCACAUCCACUACAGCAAACAGUGAAGCACGAGGAACUAAAUAUUCCAGAAAUACCAUCUUGAUUUCAAGAUCUGUGUCACCGCAUACCUUGAUAAAAACAAAAAAACAAAAAACCUGCUAUUUGUCUUUUAAAUUAUUAUGUCGUGUGUAUUCUAAGGAUCGAUGAGAAGGGGCAUCAUCUUUCAGUAAAAAUUAAAUUGGUAUAUUGAAAACAGCACUUGAAGUGGCCAAACCGUAGUAACAUAAAACCCUUCUGGAUGUAAUUCAGAGCGUAGCACAAGCCAAAAGAGGACUUGAAAAUUAACCAAGCUGCCGUUCGGCCAAACACCGGCUGCCGGUGAGGAACACGUAAACGUGCUUUCCAAGCAUUGUUUUGAAAAGCCCAUCUUAGGGGGAAAAAAAUUUUUUUAAUACAGGUUUUGCUAUUAAGUUGCAAAGUAGUGUCCUCUUUUCAUUAACAGUUAUGCUACAGUCUAGAAGCCCUCUAGUCUGAUAAUUAAUAAAACAUUUGAACCCUUAAUUCUCAUCUAGCUGCUAAGAAUAUAAUAUUAGGGUUAAUUGAAAUUCCUUUAAAUGCCAGGCUUACACAUAAAUACUGCUUACAGCAUAUGCAGUUGGUAAAAUUAAAUAUGUACACAUAUUUGAAUAAGCUGAAGGACCCAAACCAAGUAUGACCAUGCGUUAGUGAAGGCUGUAUGCACAGUCCCUUUUUAGUUGUAUUUCUGGAAUUCUUCUGAAGCAGGAACAUGCUCUUUUGCUCAUUCAUUUAAGGCUUGUUGCUCAGAGAAAUGAGGCAGGAAACCCAAAAUACUGGUUCGUUUAAAUGGAGGCCUUUAUAUAUUAAGAACCUCGAGUCUUAGACUAAUUUCACACCAACACAAACAGCUACAAUAUACUAACUCCCCAUGUCCCCGUCCUCCACUCCCCCCCCCAUCAAAAAGACCAAAACAAAGUAUAAUUAGUCAUUCUUGACUUACUAGAUUUUGCGUUCUUUGAUAUUACAUAUUUACGUAGAGGGUAGUAAUCAUGAUUUGUCUUUCAUCUUCAUUGUAGUAGAGUCAAAUAAAAGUAUUCUUUAUUAAAGUGAA